AUGGCAACGCCAACGGGCAACAAUGCCAAUUUCGCUGGCAAAAAGCUCAAUGUUCUAGUUUAUACCGGAAAUGGAACGACCGUUGACUCAGUCCGGCACUGCCUCUACACCCUCCGCCGCCUGCUCUCUCACCACUAUGCGGUCAUCCCUGUAACGGGAGAUAUGCUCCUAAAGGAGCCAUGGAUGACUACGUGUGCUAUGCUGGUCAUGCCCGGCGGCGCGGAUAUGGGAUACUGUACCACACUCAAUGGUGCGGGGAACCGGCGCAUCGCGCAAUUUGUCCGCAACGGCGGGCGAUACCUCGGUCUGUGUGCUGGUGGCUACUACGGAAGCAAGAGUUGCGAGUUCGAGGUCGGCGACAAGACAAUGGAGGUUGUUGGAGAUCGCGAAUUGGCUUUCUAUCCGGGCAUCUGUCGGGGCGGGGCAUUCCCGGGCUUCGUUUACCACAGCGAGGAGGGGGCACGCGCUGCAGGACUCGAAGUGGCCAAGGAGGCUUUGAGAAUUGGCAAUGUACCAACCAACUUUAAGUCGUACUACAAUGGCGGUGGUGUCUUCGUUGAUGCGCCCUUGCUCGCAGACAAAGGGGGGGAGGGUGCGGCUGCCGUUGUCUAUUGCAAAGUCGGCAGUGGAGCAGCGGUCUUGACCGGACCUCAUCCUGAAUUUGCGGCUGCCAAUCUGGACCCGAAGGCGGGCGGGUCUGAAUAUGCGGACAUGGUUGCGUCUCUCGCUGCCGAUGACAAGGAACGGACGGACUUCUUGAAGGCUUGUCUGUCCAAACUUGGGCUUGAGGUCACACAGGACACGACAACAGUGCCUUCACUGUCGUCCUUGCACAUGUCUGGAAUCGAUGCUGAUGGUCCCAUGGAUAUCCUUUCGGGCCUUGGAGCUUCAUUCACCCAAGAGGGUCAGACAGAGUAUCUCAAAGACGACCACGAUACGUUCCGCAUUGAACGCCCUGGAACAUGGAAUCUUGGUGAACUAGAAGAAUCGCUCCCCGCAGCAUCCUCGGAGCCCAGCGAGGGUAUCGUUGAUUACCAGGCAAUCAUCAAGCGACUUGUGUUCCACGAUGAUAUCCCAUCUUCGAAACUGACCCCAUACUUCAACCAUCAUUCAUUCUAUGCUCACCUCCGCCAAUACCAAUCCGAGUCCAAGGGAGAAGCUACAACAUUUGGCUCCAAUCUCUUAUAUGGAGAGGUAGUGACUAGCACGAACACAGUUCUUGAAAAGAACAUGAAGCUGCUUCGUCAGUUGCCACAAGGAUUUACGGCUACGGCCACAGCACAAAUCGCUGGACGGGGACGCGGGUCCAAUGUCUGGGUCUCACCAGCAGGCUCUCUGAUCUUUUCAACUGUAGUGCGACACCCAAUGGACAAGAUUCAGUCGGCACCAGUUCAGUUCCUCCAGUACCUAUCAGCCAUGGCGGUUGUCAGGGGAAUCAAGAAUUACGCCAAAGGCUACGAGAAGAUCCCGGUCAAGCUAAAAUGGCCAAACGAUAUCUAUGCACUGGAUCCAGAUGACCCCGAACAGAAACGAUACACGAAGAUUUGCGGCAUUCUUAUCAACUCCCAUUUCAUGUCAAACGAGUACAUCUCCGUCGUCGGUAUCGGUGUCAAUGCCACCAACGCCUCUCCGACAACCGCUUUGACCACCCUCGCGGCACGCUACGCAUCCCCAGGCGCUGCUGCCGCCUCACCUGUCACGCUCGAGAGGCUGCUGGCUCGUAUUUUGACUACUUUUGAAGCCUUGUAUACCCGCUUCUUGCGCACAGGCUUUGAUAGAGGCUUUGAGGCUAUGUAUUAUGAAGACUGGCUACACAUGCACCAGAUUGUCACGCUGGAGGAGGAGGGCGGUGCUCGCGCUCGCAUUCAGGGUAUCACCCGUGACUUUGGUCUUUUGCUGGCUGAGGAGUUGGGGUGGAAUGAUCGUCCAACGGGACGUGUGUGGCAGUUGCAGAGUGAUAGUAACAGCUUUGACUUCUUCCGUGGGUUGUUAAAGCGGAAGGUAUAG